CGCUUUCCGGGGGCGGGGCUUUUCCGUUGGGGCAGCGGGGCGCGCGGUCCUCUGCUGCGUGGCGUCCGCCCGGCUUCACCCCAGCGGGCCAUGGCUGGGCCCGCCCUGCGCAUCGGCGACCAGCUCAUCCUGGAGGAGGACUACGACGAGAGCUACAUCCCCAGCGAGCGAGAGAUCCAGGAGUUCGCGCGCGUGGUGGGUAUCGACCCCGAGCACGAGCCAGAGCUGAUGUGGCUGGCCCGGGAGGGCAUCGUAGCCCCGUUGCCCGCCGAGUGGAAACCGUGCCAAGAUAUCACUGGUGAUAUCUAUUACUUCAAUUUUGCCAAUGGCCAGUCGACCUGGGACCAUCCGUGUGAUGAGCGCUACCGCCAACUUGUGAUCCAGGAAAGGGAAAAAAUUCUGGAACAUAGUGGUCUUAAAAAGAAAGAGAAAAAGAAGAAAAGGGCAGAAAAGAAAAAGGAUAAGAAAGAAAGAGACUUGUCAAAGAAUCUUGUGGAGAUGCAAUCAGAGCCAGGGAUUCUUCCAUUAACGUCCUUUUAUGGAGUAUCAUCUCCUAUCCUGUAUUCAGAGCAUGCUAGUCCUGACCUAGAGCAACAAGGCAGCCUGGUGACACAGAAUGACCCCUUCCUGAAAAACCCCAAGGGAAAGAUUUCAGAUACAGGUGAUUUGUCCAGGCUGCUAUCAAGCCCUGUCCCAGGGAAACUACAACCUCUUCUGCCAGAAAAAUCAAACCGGACUCAACAGAUCCUUGCAGAUGUGGAGAAAAUUCUUGGAAAAAAUGCAUCCUCCAGUAGGUCAGACGUUAAUCAUCAAGCACACAAAGAUGCGAAUACAGAAACCAGAUGUGCAGCUGCUGAUGGUAUUUUAUCAGACUUGGAAGCUGAGGACGUAGAUAGCAUCCACCUCAUAAAGCCUUUUUUCCAAACACUGAAGAAAUCCUCUCAAACUAUAGCAGGUGCUAUGACUGUGUUAGCCCUGGGGGGAGUCAAGGAGAAAAGACUGUUCUUAGAGGGAGAAAAACAAGGUGAGGACUGCGGGAAAGGCCAUGCAGAGGGAGACGGACUGGUCAGGAAGGGAGAUUUCUUGCAUAGUGUUGAAAAGGAAAUGCAGCUUUCUCCUUCUGCCGCUGCUUUCACAUUGAUUGCAUCCAGGACUUUGGAGGGACAAGGUGACAUCCAUUAUUUUCAAAAUGAAGUAUCGAGGCCUCUGGAAAGAAUAAAGGAGAGCAGAAGGAAAAAAAAGAACCCUUCUGAACAUUGCCAGGCCACAGAGUCCAGCCCGUGGCAGAUGAAGGCUCCUGUUCCUCAUCCUCAUCUGCAGGGUUCUGUUGAGCUUGGAGCCAAGACAGGAGUUUCGGGGAGUGAAGUGUCAUCUCCUACACCAGAACAAUUCACAGAGGGCAAAAAACACGAUCCAAAGAUAGAAUCCGACAGUGGUAAUAGCAUCAGUGUUGCUAGCAGCCUGUCUGACCACCUUGCUUCUCAGGUCUUAGGUGAAGUAGACAAUUUCUCCUGGGACUUACAGAGCUCUUGUGAAUCUGAACAUCCCACAAAGCACCUGCCUUCUUCCCAAAAACUGUUUUUGGAAGCUUUAAAUAUACAAGCACAAAGCUCCCCAGACAAUCAGUCAGCUAGUGAGUGCUAUUCAGAGGACCAGAAGUUCUAUCAACAUGUCCUCCAUAUGGUGAAGAAAUCUAGGAGAACAGAAUCAAGGGUACCCAAGUUUCUCAAGGGUCAGAAAGGCAGCAGCAAAGGGCCUGGUUCUGAUCACACUGUAGAGUCUGAUGUUGCUGGAGAAGGAAGUACAGAAACAGCAGUAGCAAAAGCAGCCGCUCUUGAAGAAGAGAGAUUGAAGCCCUAUGAGGGUCAGGCAUGCAUCCUUCAAGACAAUCAGGCAGGGGAACAGCUGGUGCACAAUACAGCUCUGAUGGAGGAAGCCUGCAGGGUUGGGCUUCCAAAAGACGGAGAUGGAAUUGAAGAGCCCAGCAGCUAUGGAAAAAAUACUUCAAAAUCCAAAAAUGAGGAGGAAAAAGAAGAAGCUUGUUUGCAUUACUUGAUAUCUGAUGUGACAGAAAAGAAAGAAGUCAGUGAGAAUCUUGUUCUAGAAAAAGUCCUGGAUGUGGCUGAACUUCCUCCAGUCCUGAACAGUCCAAAAUUUGGGGUGAACAGAGCCACCAUUGAAAGUGCUUCGAAAGAGAAAGACAAAAACUGUUUGGUGCAGGAGAAAAACAAGGACAAAGGCAGCUUGGGAGAGGAGAAAAAUAGUGGAUCUGCUGUGGCAGAAGAGAGGCAGUUUGAGAUUGAAAUAAAGCCAUGGAAUAUCCAUACUGGGGGGUCACUGGAGAAAAUAACCAAAGUGGAAGAAACGAACAUUUAUUUGCUAGAAGAAAAACAGAUACAUGUUCAGAAUUUGCAGGAAGAACUGCAACUGCGAGAAGGAGAGGAGAUCCAAAUAUUACAUCAGCAGAAAGAGUCUGCCCUCCUGUCACUGAAAACUGAGUUGGAGACAACUAGGCGGGAAGAAGAGACACGGUUGAGGGAAGAGGUCAGAGUGGAACUUCUAAAACAUCAAACUGAGAUGCGUUCUGAGUUGAAUGCAGAGAAGGAAAAGAUCAGGCUGGCACAGGAAACUGCAUUGACCCGGCUGAAAGAGGAGCUAGAGUCCUUUCAGCAACAGGAGAGAGAAAAGCUCGAAGAGCACAAGUGGCUUUCUCUGGAACGGAUAAAAAAAGAGGCUGAAAUGGCUGAGCAGGCUGAACAGAUGGUGCUGGAGCAGGAAAACCAGAGGGCCUUGAAUGAACUGAGGGAGAAGUUGUGCAGAGAAAAGGAACUGGCUCUCCAGGGACUGCAGGAUCAACUGGCAGCAGAGAUCCAGCAACAGAAAACGGCAGCAGCAGAAGAGCACCAGAAGGUUGGCUGGAGAUCCCUGAAGGCUCCUGCUUUGUCUCCUGGCCAGGUUAUUCUGGCCCUCCGGAUGGAAAUAAUGGAGGCUCAGAGAAGAGAGGAAGCAGAACUUCAGAAAGAGCUCAAGAGUGUGGAGCAAAAGGUUCAGCAGAAGAGACAUCAAGCAGCAGAGUAUGAGCGAGAGCUCAGUGAUCUUCUGAAAGAGAAGCGUCAAGAGGUUGAGCAAGAACAUGCUAGAGAGUUGGAAAAAAUGCAGAAGAUACACCAGGAGACUCUAGUUAGGAUUCAGAUGCAACAUGAGGACAAGGAGAAGAAGCAGAAGGCCGAGCUGCUUGCAAGGCUACAGGAGGAGCUGGGGCGCAUCAAGGCCCAGCAAGAAGCUUUGCAAAAGACACAUGUGGAGAAGCUAAAGGAGCUGCGCCAGAAGCACCAGGAGCAGGAGGAGGCCUGGAAGAAGAAAAGGCAGCAGGUCCUAGAAGAAGAGAAGCAGCUGGAAGAAGAAAGAAAUGAAGCUGCUUUGGCAGCUCAUUCCCGCCUUGAGGAGUGUCAAAAAGCACAGGAGAAUCUUGAAGAUACCUUACAGCAGCUGCACAGAGCUCUGGCGGAACUCCAGGAUCAGAAAACAAAGUUGGAGUCUCAGGUGGAAUUGCUUCAGAUACAGGGCCAACAGCUUGAGAGGUGUACCAGUGACUUGCAGAAGACCAUCAGGACCAAGCAAGAGCUGCUAAAGAAACUGGAUAAAGAAUGGAGUGAAGCAACUUCUCCAAGGGAAAAGGAAGAAGCGCUCCGAGUGGAAGACCUACAAGGGGACUAUCCAGAGCCUUCCUCCAGAGAAAUGACAUCUGAAAUACCAAAAAGCAAUGAAGAAAACGGCCUUCUCCUGAACCAAGUACGACACUACAUUUCCACUGAGGGAGCCUCCCUGAAGACAGCAAAGGAAUUCUUGGUGUGCCAGACUCGUUCCAUGAGAAAAAGGCAGACGGCCUUGAGAGCAGCAAAGCAGCAUUGGUAUGGUGGUCUCCAGGGAACACCAGCUGUGCAAGACUCAGUCCAUUCUCAGGUGUUAGAGGGAGUGCACAGGAACCUGGAAGAGGAAGGGAGGCAGCUAGAUGAAAUGAAAUCUGCCAUGCGGAAAGGGAAGGAACUCCUGAAGAAGAAAGAAGAGAGGCUCAGCCAACUGGAGACCUCUCUUCUGGAAGAGUUUUCUGAUGAAGAUACAAUCAAGGGAGUGGCCUGCAAGAAAAUGGUGACUUUUGACCUCAGUGACUCUGAAGACACAAGUAGCCUUAUGAGUGCUGAUCGGUCUCCUCACAAGACAGCUGACUUGAAACCAGAUGUCCAGUUUUCUCCCUUUGACAAGAUUCAGUAUUUGACUGAGUCACUGCAGCGCAUCACCAGUGACCUGAACUGUGUCCUUCAUCUCCUGAGUACCUUCAACAGCCAGCAGUCUCUCUUAACUUCCACCCAAGGCCGACUGACUCCACUGGCCAGGGAUGGAAUUCCUCUGACUGCAUAUACCUCCCUGGCAUGUGCCUAUUCGGCCACACCAUUUGCACCUUCCACUGGACUUCAGUCAGCCUGGUGUAACUCAGGUCCCAGUUCUGCUGCUGUGAGCAGACAGUCUGUGGACAGUCUGCUGAUGGAGAAAUGGCUCAAGUAUUUCCCAGGGAAGUUUCCAUUGCCAUGUGGUGGGCUCGGUGUUCAAGAUGAAAAGCUGGACUCCUUAAUAACUGGAGUAACUGGCGAGCAAGUCUGCCUGUUCCAGUCCCCUCACUUUCAGGGCUCCAAGGCUGAGAAGUCAAACAUCCAGCGCAUGAUUGAUGCCAAUAAGAAAUGGCUGGAGGGUUUCAAGCAUGAUUGCAAAGGAGCUCUCUUGCCGAGUCCUUCGCAUUCCUCCAGCAGUGGCUCCGGUUUGGUGCAGCUUGGGCUGGAUGAGAACAAUCAGAUCAAGGUCUACCACUUCUAGAUGGACAAAAAUCCUGCUUGUCUGCAAAAAGCCUGGCUACCUGUCGAACAUCAAUAUAUGAUAUUAUUAUCUCUGUACCCAACAGCCUCCACAUGUUUUUUUGGGCUGCAGAGAUUGAUUCUUAGCCAUAUUUCUCUUGGGAAAUUAAUUCAAGCCUUUUUGUGGAUUUUUCAUCCCAGGGAAACGUCAUAAAUGUAAAAGAGAAAGACGUGUGUGCUGAAUGGAGAAAGGUGGCUGGUAGGUUACCUGUCCAUACUUAGGAAGCCAGAGAAAGAAAGGGCCCAUCUGAAAGACAGGGGCUUGAGGGGCCAACAUCUUCUCUCUUGCUCAGCUUCCUCUUUCCACUGUCACCGUUCGCAUCUCAGAACCCACUAUUCAGGUAUGACUGCUGAAGGGGCUGGCAGCGUGCUUCUGCUCCCGCAGCAACUGGGAAUAUGAACUACAAAAUCAGUCUUUGCAGAGGCUGAAGCAGGUCAUGAGCAGGUCCAAUUCCCCAGGUGCUUCUGGAUUCUGGGAGUUCAUUUCUACUCCUGGUUUCUGUUUUUCCUAAGGACUCGUGUACCCAACCUGCUGGUAUGCUGUCUGGAGCACUGGCACUGUAUCCAUGGCACUCACUAGGCAGAUUCUUUGGUGCUCCCAGCAACACCAGAAGGUAAACAGAGAUUUGGGGUAAAUUAGAUCAGGCAAUGGCCCAAUGUACUCUUCCUUGAAAGUGGUUGGUAUAUCCUUUGAUUAAGCUGCCAGAAGAAAGCUAAAUUUUUCAACAACCUCCCCUCCCCCACCUCUGUUUUCAAGUGGACCGCUGAUCUCGGGUUGCUUUUCAAACAAUGAUCACCAUGUGUCUAAACAGACAGCAGAAACCAUCCUCCCCAAGGGCUGGUGCUACAAGUGGCCUCAGGCCUCUCCGUUGUGGGGCAGAUCUCUCCCUCUGGGUAGUCCACAGCAACUUUUCUCCUGUCCUUGUUUGUACCAGGACUGGAAGGACUUGUUUUAUUGGCCUUCCAAUAAAUGAAAUGCAUAUUAUAGCAGAGGACUGGUGGUGUGCAUCCUUCAGCUAUUAACUGUAUUUUUAAAUUCUGAUUAAAUGUAUUCUUUUCUACAUC